GAAGCGCACGAGAUGCUCACGCUUGUGACGACGACGGAGACCAAGGUCGAGGAUCAACAUCGGGAGCGCACCCACUGGAAGCCGUGGACCCUGGUGAGGCGGGACUUGGCGCUGGAGGGGUUUACCAACCCGAAAGACCAGCAGCUGGAGUUCCGUCGGCGGUGCAUGAGCCGUGAGUACACGGUGAAGCCCGACCCGCGGCGCCCAGGAGGGUACCUCAUCGCGGAGUACCAGGGCGAGAUCGACGACGCUGUGCUGACGAAGGGGACGACGGCGUCAUUGACGAAGAGCAGCUCGUCGAGCCUCACUGGUACGGAGCUGGACACGGCCUUGCAGAGCAUGACGUCGAACGUUGGCGCUGCGUUGACGGCGGUCCAGGAGAGCCAGAGGGCGUCGCACGGCCAAGGGGAGGAUCGCGAUCACGUUGCUGUUCCUGAGGAUUUCCUGGAGAGCGUGUACAGAGGCACGCUGGACUGUGCCCCUCAGCUUCACGGCGCGCUCGGCAGCUUCAUCGAGGAUCAGACUACGAGGGCGGAGAAGGAGAAGGUCUUGGCCCACAUGGAGGCGCUCGAGGACAUCGAGGCGAAAAAUUUGGCCAAGGAUGCUGCGGCGGCCAAGGUGAAUCCAGUCACAGUCCGCCUCGGUACCUUGAAGCUGGCGGAUCGUCUUCAGAGUUCCUUGGUGAGCGCCUUGGAGAACCAGGUAUCGGAAGGAAUCAACGUGCUCGAAUACAUGAAAUCUAAGAUUUCAGCGACGGAUUUAGAUGGAGAGCCAUGGAAACCUUUCAAAGACAAGCUUGAGGCCCUCUCCACAGCCGCGCAGGAUGAGAUCAAUAAUGUCAAAGCCAGAAUCUCGAAGCUUUGUGCUCACAUCGAUUCGCCGGCUUGGGACUUGUCUGUCGCUGGUGUGAAAGAGGCCGCCAGCGGCGGUGCCUCUUCCAAGAAACGCAAGGCUGGAGAGAGGGCAGAGAUUCUGGACAUUGGCGAGACGCAGGACUACCGCCCAGCGCUGACGAUGGUAAAAGCUACGAUCCACGACGCACCUGUAGGAGUGAUGAACUCGUUGUGCAACCUCGACUUCCAGAACGCUUGCCUCAUCGACGUCAAGGCCUCACUGGAUCCCCUGCUUUCCUCAGCUGACUGGAAGCCGCUGGCCAAAUGGCGCAAGGAAAAGGUGAUGUCCUGGGAGAGCGAUGGCGCGGCGCCCGCCUUUGGGGCAGCGUCUCAGCCUGGAAUCCUCAUGAUGCUGAGGGGGUUGGUGAAAGACGAGGCGAAUGGCCAGACUAUCUUCCGAAGCGCCUUCGUGCCGGUGACGCCGAAGGACCAGGCUCUCCACAAGCACAUCUUCGGAGUUCAAAUCUAUGCGAUCCCAGCCGGGCACUGUUCUGCGGGCCCCUCCUCGCAUGGCCUCAGCGAGGUCAGGGUCGUCACUGGCGGAGAAGAAGUGGUGGUGGGCGUCAAGGCAAAGCAGGAGCACUCCCUGGCCGAGACCGUUGGCUUCUUGAAGAGCCUUCCUGGUGCAGGGCUCCUUCAGUUGGCGCGCGAGCAGGGCAACUUCGCCAUGGUCAUCCGCGAAGGUUCGUUGGCCGUCUUGCCCGCCGGCUUCGUGUACCUCACUUUUCGGCCUGUCCCGUGCCAGGGCAUGCGGUGGGGGUUCUGCGCGGGGUGGCAGGGCGAAUUGUCCACCUGUCGCAUGAGCGUGGCGAGCGCCAUGGAGGCGCACAGCGCCGUGAAGGGCUCGCCGUGCGAGACUUGGUGGGACAAGCUCGCGGAGCUCGGCGAUCGGUGA